AUGUCCUGGAAAAAUGAUUUACUGGCAAAACUGGCACAGCGAGAUAAGUCAAUGGAGACCCAGAAAGACGUGUUUUUGUCAUUUCAAUUUUUAAGUACCAGAAUUGCGUCGCUGGAACGACAAUUAGAUACGGUACAGCGUGAUGAUAGCAAGAAAACAGUGUUGGACCUGCUGGGAGAGAUCGACCAACUGAAACAGAAACUGGACUUGGCAGAAGACAGCUUGAAGCACGAAACUGCGAAGAAUAAAGAGCUGGUCAAAGAGUUGAGUACUGUCAAAAAUAAUCUCAAUAUAUUGACAGAUGGAUACAAGAAACUACAGGAGCGCCAUCUGCGGCUGCAAGAAGAGAGCAAAAUUAAGUUCCAGAAUCUAGAGUCAUUAAAUGAUGAUAUACUAUCGUUGAACAUCGAAAAUAACUUGCUGAAUGACAGGAUGGCUAAAUUGAAGCAAGAGAACGAGUCCUUGAUCGAACGUUGGAUGAAACGGGUCAAGCAGGAGGCAGAGGUGCUGAAUGAUGCGAAUGAAGCGCUGUCUCGCAGCGAAAAAUCCUUGAAACCGGAGGGUUAAAAGAAACUUCCGUGUUCAUCCACAUCGGUACUGAGAAUACUUUCUAGGGCUUCUACCACAGGCUGGCCAAUUUGCUUCACCGUCUCGAGCGCCUUAAUGAGAGUUUUGCGAUUGAAUGCCUUUCCGUCUGCUGUGGACAGUGCCACCGAUUGAAUUGGAGCAACAAUAUUCCCUUGGCAGUACCCUAUGCAUAGACCGCUUUCUAGUACUUCUUCCUCAUCCAAAGAGGGAUCGACCAGAACGUUCGAUCCAACCAACCCAACGACGAAUAUCAGCAUUGGUUGAAAUUUCGAGUCUAUAGGUAUCAGAUCUGUGGCAAGCUCCCAAUCGUCUGCGAAUGAAGGCUCUUCCUCAAUCUCGCGAUCGUUGGUGGUCGAUGUGAGUAACGGCAGUUUGGCAGACUUCAAAGCCAGAUACGUACCCAUAGAGAUGAGAGAGAGAAGCGAGUACAGCGUGUAUGAUGAGUUCUUGAAGUCUCCUGGAACAGAAAGAACGAGUAUGUCCACAUAUAGUUGGAAAUAAUAUUUAUCUGUCAGUCGAAGCACUUCAAAAUCAAAAUUGUUGACUAACGCACGCUGUAUCAUUGCUGAUAAAGUCAGACAUAGGGUCGAGUUAUCUCGCUGACCCUCGACAUCAACGU